AUGUUAUUUUCAGACUCUGGGCUGAGCACCCAUACAGUUCCAUCAACUAGUACUCCCACUGUGAACAUCAACAUUCCUUUAAAUGAUUCAAGUACAGAGUCUUCAAAUUCAGUUAAUGGUGAUGAUGAAGUUACAGGUAUGACACCAAGCCUCUUCUUCAAAGGAUCUCCUGCAAAAAAUAUUUUAACCAAUUAGAUUUCUGAACAGCUUUAAAAAUGAAUUAAUCAAUGUCCCACUAAUAUUUAGGUCCUUUCUUAGGUCCAUCCUCAAGACCAAUGCAAAUUGACUCUGGAACACAACACAAUCCUGUUUAACCUACUAAUCAAGGUUAAGCUUCGUUAAGGUCAUUUACUGUACUUUAUAAUUUUUAGUCAGGCUAAUAGUAUUAACACUAUUUCUUUUAUCAAUUACAGGUGGUACUAGUAAAACAUCUAAUUAUGCUAAGCAGAAAAAAGUGAACAAGGUUUAUGCUCGGCAGAAGAAAAGAAUACAACGACUCCGUAAAGCUAUAAAUAUGAAAAAGAAGAAAAGCAACAACAUAGAUAAGCAUACCAUAUUAGAGGCUCUUCAGACCAUGCUACCAGAAAAUAUUGUAACAUUCAUCUCACUCCAGAUAGACUUGCACAAGAAAAAGAAUAAAAGGCAAUACAGUCCUGAGAUGAAAUCAUUCGCUCUUUCCCUUUAUUACAUCAGUGGAAAGGCGUACAAAUUGUUGUCGAAAUUCUUCAAGCUUCCAUCCAAAAGUAGUCUGAUGAAAUGGGUAGCUGCAUUUCCAACUGCUCCAAAACUGACCCCAGCUGCAAAGGAAGUUCUAGCCAGAAAAGUCAACAUUAUGAGCGAGUCCAGUAAGUUGUGCACUAUCACAAUGGAUGAGAUGGCCCUUAAGGCUAACCUGUUGUAUGAUCCUGGUAAAGAUCAAGUCAUUGGUGUUGACGAUUUUGGUAAGGGAGAGAGAAGCAGCCUCAUUGCAACAUCUGCACUAGUCUUCAUGGCCCGUGGUAUAAAUGAAAACUGGAAACAGCCCCUGGGAUAUCUUCUAGUCCAUGAAUCCUGCCCCAGCGAUAAGAUCAAAGCUAAGUUGUUGGACAUGAUUGAUGAAGUAACAUCAAUUGGACUCCAUGUUACAACUGUUGUUUCUGAUUUGGGCUCCAAUUUCCAAAAGAUGAUUAAAAGCCUUGGCGUUAUAUACACCAACACAACCAUGGUUUUGGCACAAAGGUAG